UAGACUUGGGCGUGGGGGAACCCUACAGAAAGAAAAGUUAAGAAGCGUGGUGGAAUUUGCUGCAACCCAUUGUUUUCUCGCUCUACACUCGCGCUUUGCUGCAAGUAACUGCAAGAAUCCAUUAUUUUCUUUUCUUGAGAUUUCUCUCUCUUCCCGUUUUAUUUUCCGAUGUACCGUCUUGAUCGCGGUGAUGUUUGGAAGAGCAAGGUUCGAUCUCUGCAGCUGCAGCUCAGAGACCGCUUCAGAGUCGCCGUCGACCGCCAUUGGCGCCGUCGCCACAACCACCACAUGUUCAUCCCAGCUGCUGACGCUGACGGUUACUUCUCCUCCACCAUUCAGCGCUGGCUGGGCCGAUUUCGUGAUUUUCGUAGGGAUUCCUUGCCUUCUUCUACCUCUUUCUAUCGCAAACGAGUGUCUAAGGAUUUCAGUUCUGAAGAAGAUUCAACUCUUGUUCGUAUGAUGCAAGCUGUUGCUGUUCCUGUUCUUGGAAAUGUCUGUCACGUGUUUAUGAACGGAUUAAACCGUGUUCAGGUGUAUGGUUUAGAAAAACUACACUCUGCGUUGUUGCAAAGACCUAAAGGCAAACCUCUUCUCACGGUCAGCAAUCAUGUUGCCUCCAUGGAUGAUCCACUUGUUAUUGCUGCGCUCCUUCCUCCAAAAGUUCUUUUGGAUGCUAAGAAUUUAAGAUGGACACUUUGUGCAACUGAUAGAUGUUUUAAAAACCCUGCAACAUCUGCAUUCUUUCGAUCUGUCAAAGUCUUGCCAGUUUCUCGGGGUGAUGGAAUUUAUCAGGAGGGAAUGGACAAGGCCAUUUCAAAACUGAACCAUGGUGGUUGGGUCCACAUAUUCCCAGAAGGUAGUCGCUCCCGGGAUGGUGGAAAAACUUUGGGCUCUUCCAAGAGAGGUGUUGGGAGGUUGGUCCUGGAUGGAGAUAGCAUGCCCCUUGUUGUCCCAUUUGUACAUACAGGGAUGCAAGAGAUAAUGCCAAUAGGCGCAAAUUUUCCCAGAAUUGGCAAGAUGGUUACAGUACUAAUAGGUGAUCCAAUCAAUUUUGAUGAUAUACUCAACAUGGAAAAGGGCCCGGAUGUGCCAAGAAGAAGACUAUAUGAUGCUGUAGCAUCGAGAAUUGGUGAUCGGUUACUGGAACUGAAGGUCCAAGUUGACGCCAUAGCGAUUGAACAAGAAAUGCAGCUACAAGAUCACUCCUCACACAGCAUGGAACGAGCAUCUGGAAUCUUGCAGCAGGUUGAUUGGGAAUUAUUUGGAAUGGAUAGCUUCAUGUCUGUCGAUGAUGAUUCCAAGCAGAGACAAGAUACAGUUGUCCUCCCAAAUAUAAGUGUUUCUCAGCAUCAGCAAUCUCAUAGGGAUCAGAGUUGGAGAGUAGGUUUCUCAUACAAGAUGCGUGGUUAUAUGGAUCAGAUGGAGCUCAUGUCUUUUGCUGCCAGAGGCUUAUUUAUGAAUAAUGAAACCAAGAUCUCUGCUGACUGUAAUAGAGAGAUAGGCCCCUUGAAGGCAUGGAAACAGUUUUUGGAAGCUAAUCUAUUGCGGCAGUGGAAUUCCGUUACUUAUUGAAAACAUAGUUCUAGAGGUUGUAUAUUCAAAUCUUCGGUACUUGAGUAAAAUAAUUCUGAGAUUUUGUUAGAUCAACAGUUAAUAGUUGUAGAAUUGCUCAGAAUAUUUGUAACUUUAAUAGCUAAUUUAUUUUGUUGUUUGAUUACUGAAAGUGGCUGGGUGGAAUCAUAUGGUGGUCUGGAACUGGG